GCUCCUGCGCUGCAGAGGGAGGGGGCGGCCCGGCCCGGCCCAGCUCUGUCCCCCGCCGGCCCGACCCCGGCCCCAUCCCCAGGACAAGCCCUUAUCUGAUCCCGGCUCCGGGUUUAAGAGUCCUGGCUUUGCCGGUCGCGCGGCUCUGCUCCUCACUCCUGCCCUCCCCGUCCGUCAUCUGUCCCGCUGUCCCGUUCGAGUGGCCACUCCACCUUGGGACCCAAGGUGCAAGCCCUCCCUUGUCACUAGCCAACAUGCCUUCAAGAUGACUGGUGAGAAAGUGUUUAGAGAAGAGGUCUUCCACUGGGAUCUUGUCAGUCUCUCUUCUCUGAAGUUGGGAUCUCCACCAGGGCCCUGGGAGCCCCAAAGAAUGACAUCGGUUGCCAAGGUCUAUUACAGCCAGACCACUCAGACAGAAAGCCGGCCCAUAAUGGGCCCAGGAAUAAGGCGGCGGAGAGUCCUGACGAAAGAUGGCCGAAGCAACGUGAGAAUGGAGCAUAUUGCUGACAAGCGCUUCCUCUACCUCAAGGACCUAUGGACAACUUUCAUUGACAUGCAGUGGCGUUACAAGCUUCUGCUCUUCUCUGCAACCUUUGCAGGCACCUGGUUCCUCUUUGGUGUGGUGUGGUACCUCGUAGCUGUGGCCCAUGGGGACCUGUUAGAGCUGGGUCCCCCUGCCAACCACACCCCUUGUGUGGUACAGGUGCACACACUCACUGGAGCGUUCCUCUUCUCCCUUGAAUCCCAGACCACCAUUGGCUAUGGCUUCCGUUACAUCAGUGAGGAGUGCCCUCUGGCCAUCGUGCUUCUCAUUGCUCAACUGGUGCUCACCACCAUUCUGGAGAUUUUCAUCACCGGUACCUUCCUGGCGAAGAUUGCCCGGCCCAAGAAGCGAGCGGAGACCAUCCGUUUCAGCCAGCAUGCAGUUGUAGCCUCCCACAAUGGGAAGCCCUGCCUUAUGAUCCGAGUUGCCAAUAUGCGUAAGAGCCUCCUUAUUGGCUGCCAGGUGACAGGCAAACUGCUUCAGACCCACCAGACCAAGGAGGGUGAGAACAUUCGUCUCAACCAGGUCAAUGUGACUUUCCAAGUAGACACGGCUUCCGACAGCCCCUUCCUCAUUCUCCCCCUGACUUUCUACCAUGUGGUGGAUGAGACCAGUCCCUUGAAAGACCUUCCUCUUCGCAGUGGUGAGGGUGACUUUGAGCUGGUGUUGAUUCUAAGUGGGACAGUGGAGUCCACCAGUGCCACCUGCCAGGUGCGCACUUCCUACCUGCCGGAGGAAAUCCUUUGGGGCUACGAGUUCACACCUGCCAUCUCACUGUCAGCGAGUGGCAAAUACAUAGCAGACUUCAGUCUUUUUGACCAAGUUGUGAAAGUGGCCCCUCCUAGUGGCCUUCGUGAUAGCACUGUACGCUACGGAGACCCUGAAAAGCUCAAGUUGGAGAAGUCAUUAAGGGAGCAAGCUGAGAAGGAGGGCAGUGCCCUUAGUGUGCGCAUCAGCAACGUUUGAUGCCUUCUGCCCACCUCCCAAGCCCUCUGUUCUCUUCCUCUCUUUUGAUGCCUUGGGCAAGGGACACCACCUGGGUUUGCUGCAGAACCCUGGAAGCACCCAUUUCCAUUCCUCCUUCUUUACCCCGGGGGCCUGUCAGUAGGACAGGCCAACUGGGGUCCAAGUUUUCCUCCUACUGUCCCUUUUCACCUUUCCCUGCUUCUAUCCUAAGGCACACAACUCCCUUAAGCCAGGAUGGGGGAAGGAGAGAGAAGAUUAGGCUGAAGUGGCUUAGAUGGCCUCAGCCAUGUUUGGAGAUUCACAUUAAGAGGACCAUGUGGUUGGAUGGCUAGACCCCCCCACACACCAGAAAGUUCGGAGACUUGAGGCUAGAAGCCCCCUGUCUCUAUGUUUCCAUCUAGCAGGUUCCCUAAGGCAAGACUCUCUUUGAUGGUUGCUUUGUGGUCUGUACCCUCAGAAAUAUAAGAAUCUAAAAUCAUUUUAUUUGGAGGUCACUACCAACCCCUGUUGAAAGAAACCAGGGCUUGUCAUAGUGUAUUUAAUUUUCGCUGGUAACUCCUGACCAUAAUCCGGGCCGUUGGUCACCACCAGUUUUUCCUUUCUAGUUUUCAAAUGGAGCCUCCAGUAUACAUAAUUCUUCCAUAGCUUCUGUUCUCAGAGAAUUGGGAUGGACCUGAGAAACAGACACGAACUCAUAAUAAUCACACCAACACCUGCCCUGGAUUCUGAAUGCUUCAGUUUUUGAACUGUUGUCUAAAGCUUUGAACCUAUCCUAACCUAUCCCAGGCAGCCCUGGGAAGAUUUGCUUCCCUCUGUUCUGUGAAUGAGAGAACCCUAGCCAAUGUUCCCAUGUAUAAGUUUAGAGUCUGGGGCCCCCAAAAAGGACUGAAAAUGAUAUUCCAGAUCACGUGGCUCUUCUUCCUUUCCCACCCGGUGCAGACCCCUCUUUUAGAGAAAGGGAAAAUACAAGGGCUUCCCUCUCUUAACAUUGAUGGGUAACUAAAACCAGAUCUAACAGGGCACAGACUCCCCAGAAAAGUCAAACCAAUCCACCAAGAGGGAUGGGCACAUCCUCAGAUUUCCAGGCUGAUGUACAGAAGUUGUGUUACUUUGUUAAGGUUUGGGCUGGCAGCCACUAUUUUGUUACACCUCCUGGUUCCCUUCUGAAAAGUGCCAGUUACGUCAUUAGACAAUGCUGGGAGGGGAGAAAAUUAUAUCUCCUGAUCAAAUAACCAUGGUCACCCUCAGCCAUUCCUAAGACUUUACAUACAGUGAUGAAGGUCAGUGUUGUCUUUACUCUCCUCUGCCAUGGAAUAGUUUUAGGCAAGUUUAAAAGAUAGUUUAAGAGGGGCCGGGGAUGUAGCUCAGUGGCACAGCCCCUGUCUGGCAAGCUCGAGGUCCUGAGUUCAAUUCCCAGUAUCAAAAGAUACUUCAAGAGAUAAGGCUAAGGUCAGUCCUUGUUCCCAGUGGGGACUGCAGUACAAGUCAAGGAAGGUCAUAUGGGUAGCAGAAUUUCCUCUAAAGCCCCAAAUCCCAUGCGUACUCUCUGGUCUCACUUAGGUACAAAGGAACCCUCACAAAGUGGUCUGGCAUAAAAUCCCUGUAUGAAUCUUAUUUAAGGUAGACUCAAGUUUUACAAGUUACACACCUGGACCGAAUGUAUACAUGCAUCUACAUGCAGAGAAACUCACAAAAUUUUGAGACUGGACUUACUUCAACCAUGCAGUCCUCUUACAUUGAUCUCUCCUUGAACUUAACUAACUGUAUCUUGAAAACGAAGAUCCUUCAGUCUCUGCUCACUAUAAGCACCACCAUUACUCUCCAGGUCUCAUAAAAACAAGAAUGAGAAAAACUUGAAAAUCUGAAAGAACAGAAGGCAAAGAGCCAGCCUUUGCACUGUCAACUUUAUUCACAUUAGACUUACCUGAUUUCUUUCAGUGUAUAAGCACAGAAUGUACUGCAGUGCGUGUGUGUGUGUGUGUGUGUGUGUGUGUGUGUGUGCGCAUGCACAUGCGGAUGGGUGUGUGUAGACCUCUUCUUAUCCACUGGCAAUUUGACCUCUAUCUGAUUUCUUCUGCACACUGCUGCUUCCCUCCUGAAGGAAUUAUUCUCUUCCUUUUCCCUGCUGUCUAUUCUAAGACCCCAGAUUUUUUAUAUUCCUGGAUAACAAUGUAAGUAGAGAACAAUUCCGAUUCAACCUUUAAAAAAAACUCCUACAAUCCCAAGCUUUGUUCUAAGUUGCACUUUAAAUCAUAUUGUACUGUUAAUAAAAUGUGGCAUCUUCUCCAAAAUACCCCUUGUUCCCCAGGGAACAACUCCUCCUACCCCAAUCCUAGUUCUUUAGACUACAGCCUAUCUCCUCUGAUUUGGAAUUCUCUUUCAGACUUGGGACGAGCUUUGAAGGCAGUCAAGUCUGGUGAGAAAUGCGCUAUAGACUUGGAAUGUCAGGAGGAGCUGUAGACACAGAUGUUAAGUGGAGAGAUUUCAGAAUGUAGGCAAAACAACUGGUGGGGAAGAGUACCAGAUCGUGAGUAUGAGAAAGAAAAGGACUGGGACUCAGUGAAAUCAAUGAAACCCUUGAGUCUUACUUGGGCUGGCAAAUAAAAUAUGGGUGGAGGCUUGUGGAAUAAAUAUAAUGAUACAUAUAAAAGGUUUAUCUAAAGAGAAAAACAGAUAAUAUAUAUAUAGAGAUAUGUAUAAAGAUGUAUAUAAACCCAAAUACACUGAAUGUACAGAAAGGAAGUAUUCAGAGACUUUAGCAGUGAGGAUAUGUAUUUUGCCCUGGUUCCAGGGGUAGAACACCCAGAUUUUCAGACUUACAACCAAUGAUCCUGGUUUUAACUUGGAAGUGAGAUAGCUGAUGGAUUUUAGUUUUGAUGGUGGGAAAAGGAGGGAUGGAAGCAUCUCUUCAGAAAUAAUCAAGGCUUCUGAUGAAUCUGUGCUGCUCAUAGGACCAGGAAGAGAGGAGCUGGAAAGUAACGGAGAAGAUAUUCUAUCCACGGAAAUCUAGGAAAACUACUACUUAUACUGCGUGUCCUGAUCCCCAGCAGCAUCCUGCCACUGUAGCACCUAAAUAAAUAAAUUCACCUUUCUGUUUUCCUCUCUUGAA